AUCCGGGCUUCCCUACAAAUUUGAGCUUUGCCCUGUCCGCCGGGCGAGGCCUGCCGCGCUGUCCGGGACAACGCGACGCGAGCAGCAUGUUUGUUUACGUCGCGGACUGCCGACGACGGGACGUGGUGUGUGUGUGUACGUGUAUGUGUGUGUGUGGGUGUACGUGUUGUCAAGUCAACGCCAAAUUUAUGUCUAAAUUUUGGCCGCGGCAAGUGCCGAAAACAUGAGUGACCGCCUCGCUCUUCGUCAAUGAGAGACCAUUCAGCCCAGCUCACAUGUCCACGUGGUCUACAAGUUCAGGACGGCGCACAGUAUUUGCCCCUGGUGAAACGCCCCACAUCUGUGGCCAAAAUUUUUCGUGGGACCGAGACCCCUACCACUACGCCAUACCAACGUGAUUUCCCGACCGACUCAAUGAACGCUGCUGAGGAGGGUAGGAUGUCACAGUCUGGAGAUGGAUUGCAUACGCCGGGGUUUCUCUCCUGGCGCAAGCUGCAGCUCUCCCGGGCGAAACUGAAGGCCUCCAGUAAAACAUCUGCUCUUCUGUCCGGCUUUGCAAUGGUUGCAAUGGUUGAAGUACAACUCAGCAAUGACACCAAAGUCCCUCAAGAAAUGCUCAUUGCCUUUGCUGUGUGCACGACACUGUUAGUUGCUGUGCACAUGUUGGCAUUAAUGAUCAGUACCUGUAUACUUCCCAACAUAGAUGCUGUCUGUAAUAUGCAUUCAAUAAGUUUAGUACAUGAAUCUCCUCAUGAAAGACUGCACUGGUACAUUGAAACUGCAUGGGCAUUUUCUACAUUACUGGGACUCCUCUUAUUUCUGUGUGAAAUAGCCAUUCUAUGUUGGGUGAAAUUUUAUGACUUUUCGCAGAUUGCUGCAUGGUCUGCUUGUAUUUUACUUAUUCCCGUCCUCAUAAUUUUUCUUGCCUUUGCAAUACACUUUUAUCGGUCCCUUGUGAGUCAUAAGUAUGAAGUCACAGCUUCGGGCAUCAGAGAAUUAGAACUCUUGAAAGAACAAAUUGAGGCAGGAGAUAUGGAAGGACGGGCAAAUGGCAUCAACAACUUGCUGAACUCAGCCCAGGUUGUUUGAUUGUUAUGUUGUUACAGGAGUGUUUUUUAGGUAUCUUGUAAAAAAUUGACUUAUGUUUAAUAUUAUUUGAAUUUUCCCCCCUCUCCCCAACCUUGAAAAACAAAAUAACCUGUAUCACGUGGUAAGGAAAUACUUCAAUACUGUUAGGUGGCUUUUAAUCAAUCUGAAAUUCAUUGAUUCAUGGUUUUUAUUAAGUCAUGCACUGUUAAUAUUUUGUUUAGUUGGACUGAUGCAUGCAUUCCGGGUUUUUGUUAGUAGGUUAAGAAGGUUUCACUUCCUUUUCUUUACAAAAUCUCCCUUUUUCUUAUUGUUUGUGAAAGGUUAUUUUUUCUGUUCACAAUUUUGUGAUUGAAUUUUUUUGUACCUUUUUUUUUAGUAAUAGUAACUUAAGCUAUGCUGCCACUUCAGAUAGUACAAUGCAUUCUGUUGUGUGGUUGCCUUGUCAGUCCAACAAAUAUAAUAACAAAUAUUUUGGCCUACUAAUUUUUAUUUCCAAUUCAAUUUUAUUUUGGAAUCUUAAAACCUAUCAUAUGUUCCCUUUUACCGGAGAACGAUACUGUUUUGGAGCCUUCUUUAGCACUUAAAAAUCUUUCUUGAAUGAUGCAUUUUGAUUAUGUUAAAGAAAGUUGACGUUGAUAUCUUAAAUGAAGUAUUAGUUGGGCUUUUACGUCAUGUCUUCUUUUAAGUUGACUUGGUUGUGAAGUUUUGAGUUUCUUGCUCUCUUGCUCUUAAUCCUUUAAGUCUUUUCUGUCUUGCCAAAAUAAGUGUUUUGUGUAAUGUUCUGUGGUUUCUAUCAGAGCAAACCUAAAAAGGUUUUAUAUUCUUUUAAUUUGCCAGUUCUUUAAUUGCUUUUCUUUUUGUUGGUACCUUAUUCCCUAGAACCUUCAAUUACUCCUGCAUUUACCUUGAGAAUCUCAUUUGUGUCUUAAUUUCAUAGAUUUUGAAAACGCUUUUUGGUUUGGGUUUGUACAGUGUGUAGAAUGAAUUGAUUUGUUUGGGUGCGGCAUCUCGUACCUUUUUCUUCAACCUGAAGAACUGUUCAAAUGUUGCUCAAAAUUAGUUAGUUUGCCAUGAUUCAAGUCAGUGUCUGCCUAAAUAAUUUUAUUGAUUCUUUUGCAAUAAGUGUAUGUUUGUUCUAUUCAUAAGAGAAUGUAACAGAAGAAGUUAAAUACUGAAUGCGGGAGUAAUUUAGUGACUAUCAGGACAAAAUCCUCGUUGUGUUUCUCUCCAACAGUCAUGUUAACUCAUUCCUGCAUUCCGUUAGUAUGCUUUGAUUUCGAUUCAAACAAUUCAGCAUGGCAAACACCACCUUAGUAUGUUUGACUCACCACAUAAUGAGCAGUCAUGACUAAUUAAUAUUGCUUGCUAAUUUUUUUAAGUUUGGAUCUGUGAUUGAUGUGUUGUUAAAUAGUUUCUUUUUGACUUUGUUUUUAUGUUAAGAGAUUUAUUUUAUUGUAUUCACACUAAAUGUCCAGAACAUUCAAAAUGUUCUUCAUUAUUGUGACACCUCACAGGCCAGAAUAUGUUUUACUUUAUCAUGUCCACACGCAACACAAUUUGCAUCAUGCUUCCAUUCUUCAUUGCAAUGCACCUAGUUAUGCAUCCUUCAAUUUCUUUAUAUUUUAGUCCUUUGUCUCUUUUGAUUUCUUACUAUGUAGUAGUCAACAUGUGUUGACUACAAUUUCACCAAACUCAAAAAUCCUAAUGUUUGGGUACCUGCUGGUAUCUGUCUUUUUAAAAAAAUCUAUUUUUUAUCCCUUGAAAUAGCUGUAGUGUUUUGUCUUGUGUUGUUUUUAUUCUCUUAUUUUCAUUGCAUAGCGUGAUGGUUUGGAGGUACUGUAGUGUAAUGGAGAGUGAGUUUUGUUUUUUAAUUGAUGGCAUGUUGCUCUGAUUGGAUAAAAAAAUUUACUUAUUUUUGUACCAGUAUUAACACUAAGAGCUGCAGAUGGGGUCCAGAUAAAUUAGUUCUUUUUUCCUUUUUCCUUUUGCCAAAUUUUUUUGGACCUUUUAUUCUUUAGAGACUUAGGUUAGUCCUAACUGAAAAGUCUUUCUACUUAACCAAUAGCAAUACAAUAUAAAAUGAAAACUUCUCUUGUGUAUUAAGAAAGAGGUUUGACUGAGACUUGUGUAUGGACUGUUUAAAUGGCUAAGAUUCGGGUGCAUUGUUGGCUUACUAUCCAAACUUCCAUCAGAAAUCUUAAUACCCUAUUGUUUUAAUAAUUGUACUUACCACCAUCAUCAACUAUUUUGAUCCAUAAAUCACCAUACAUUUGUUUUCAUUGUAAUGUGGAAUGCCAAAGAAGCUCAUUGAGCUACACUUCCAUGAAUUUCAUGUGAAUCAUUGCACAAAGAAUUUGCCUGAAUAUUCAAAAUGACUUGAAGUAUACAACUGUGUUAUUGAUGGCACGGCAUUGAUUUUCUAAACAUGGCAGAUGGAUAUCUCUUUCUGUUCAUCUUGUGUUAGUCUAGGACUUUUAUACUUAUUACAUAAUUUAAGUUUCUCAACAUUAUUAAAUGUUUUUUAUUUACAAAACUUAAGCAAACAAGAUUUUUUUCUAUCCAAAGUUUUAUCCAUUCUACCAAAUUAACUGUUUUAUGGACUUAAACAUGUACUGUGAUUGGUAAUAAUAAACUAUCCUAUUGUUUA